AUGUCUGCAAGCGAUUUGAUACAAAUUGAUUUCAAAAUUAUCCUUGUAGCUGCAAUAUACGGCGUCCUUGUAGUAAGGGGAAUAAACCCUUGUGAUAUCGGCCCCUGUGGUCCAGGUCAGCAUUGGGAUGAGCCAUCCAGGAGUUGCGUCCCUUGUGAAGAUGGGCUCACUUUUAUGGACCAAAUCGGCCAUAGAUGUGAGGCCUGUUCUCGUUGUAAAACACUAGAAGACCACGAGCGACAGACAUCCAAAUGUAACAUCACCCAUAAUUUACAGUCGGAGUGUCUGGAAGGCUACCGUCGUAGGGACGACGUCUGCAAGAAAGUGAUGGAGUCAACAUCAGCCGGCUCUAAGGAUGCUGACCAAGUGACCACAGCAAACGGUGCACUGGAAAGCGUGACGACAAGACGCAAAACAGACGACCGCCAAUGGACACACGUCACUACUUCUGCUGCUAAGUCGGGAGAACAGUCGACAAUGCAAGAAUCUUCAUUUACUCCAGGAGUUACAGCUGCCGUUACACUCAGCGUUCUGAUAAUUCUGAUAGGUUCUAGUAUUUGGUGUUACCGUUUAGGCUUGUGUGCGACAGUCCGGAAAAAGUUUGUUAAGUACUGUGUAUGAUUU